CGGGAAGCAGACGGGCGGCGGAUCCUCCCCGUCCCGCUCCGCUCCGCCCCGCCGCGGCGCGGAGGAGCGCGGCUGCCGGGGCCGGCCGGGCGCAGCAUGCGGGCGGCCUGAGAUGGCGGCGCCGUGCCGGACGAGGACGCUGCAGGUGGUGGACACGGAGUUCAGCGCCGACGCCGUGGAGUGGUGCCCGGUGGAGGGCUGGCACAGCAUCCUGGCCUGCGGCACCUACCACCUCCGCCCGCCCGCCGCGAGCGAUUCCAGAGGAAGCAAUGAGGCCUGCGACCGGACAGGGCGCCUCUACCUGUACCACUACAACGAGGAGCAGCCUUACAUCCCGCUGACCGAAAUCCAAAGGAUAGACACCGCCGCCAUCCUAGAUAUCAAGUGGUGCCAUGUUCCAGUUGCAGAACAUCCCAUGGUUGGCAUUGCAAACUCAACAGGGGCCGUGGAGUUCUGCCACCUGACUGGAAGUGAGAAGAACAGCUGCAUGUUGGAGCCAUGCUUCAGGGUCGAUCUUGGUGCACAGCGUCUGGCCUUGUCUUUAGACUGGUCCACGGGACGAGAGCAAUGUGGGUGUCCUCUGCGAGUGAUCAGCAGUGAUUCGGAGGGGAAGCUGAAUCUGUUCUCCAUAGAUGAAUCUGCUCCUUCUGUGCAUGUCCUGAACCAGUGGGAAGCUCACAAAUUUGAGGCCUGGAUUGCUGCUUUCAAUUACUGGAACACUGAUAUUGUGUAUUCAGGAGGAGAUGACAACCUGCUAAAAGGCUGGGACACCAGGUGCAGUCCAGAGACUCCUGUCUUCACCAGCAGGAGACAUUCAAUGGGUGUGUGCAGCAUUCAGUGCAGUCCCCACCGGGAGAAUCUUCUGGCUACUGGCAGCUACGACGAGCACGUGCUGUUGUGGGACACCAGGAACAUGAAGCAGCCGCUGGCAGACACCCACGUUGAAGGUGGAGUUUGGAGGCUAAAGUGGCACCCAACUUGUGAUUUUGUGCUGUUAGCAGCCUGCAUGCAGAGCGGAUUCAAAAUCCUGGACUGCCGUGGAAGCAUGGCGGAGAACAUGGAGGAAUGUAUCAUCCUGUCAUCCUACGUCUUGCACAAUUCCUUGGCCUAUGGGGCUGACUGGUCAAGACUCUGCCCCAGGGAUUCCUUGUCUGCAGCCCAGGACUCUGCUGCUACAUGCCAGUCUUCGGGGCAGCUUGUGGCAAGACCAGAGGAAGGAGACGAGAGACUGAAUUUGCAGGUUCGAAACCUGAAGAUAAUUUACGAGUCUCCCACAGCUACUUUUGAUGUAAUAUUGGAUGAGGAGAGCGAGGGCCCUGCCUUGCCGCCCAAAGACGAGGCGCGUCCUAAGCUGUCUGGGGAUCCUGACCUGGGUAGGGAGCCUGGUUUAAGGGAGAGUUCGGGCACUGACCGAGGGGGAGACCCUGAGUCAGUCGGCAGUUCUGACCCGGGAGUUAAGAGACACAACGGGAUGAGCCUGGACAGAAGCAAUAAUUCAGCCAGCUCUUCAGACAGUCCAAAAGAAAUGAGCAUUGUAGCAACCUGUUCUUUCUAUGAUAAUAUCCUACAUGUCUGGAAGUGGGAAAUGAGCCUGGCCACCCCUUCGGAGAUGGCCAGUACUAGAUCUCCACCUGAAAGAACAGCUGAAAGUUUGCAUUGA